GUUGCGGCCGGGCUGCCGGGGCGCUAGCCGCCGGGUCCCCCUCCCACCCCCCGCCCCCCGCCCCGCUCCUCCCCGGACCAUGGACCUGCACACCGCCGUGUACAAUGCCGCCCGCGACGGCAAGCUGCAGCUGCUGCAGAAGCUGUUGGGCGGCCGGGGCCGCGAGGAGCUGGAGGAGCUGAUGGGCGCGGCGGCGGGCGGGGGCACGCCGCUGCUCAUCGCCGCGCGCCGCGGCCACCUGGACGUGGUGCGCUACCUGGUGGGCGAGCACCAGGCCGACCUGGAGGUGGCCAACCGGCACGGCCACACCUGCCUCAUGAUCUCCUGCUACAAGGGCCACCGCGAGAUCGCGCGCUACCUGCUGGAGCAGGGCGCCCGGGUGAACCGGCGCAGCGCCAAGGGCAAUACGGCCCUGCACGACUGCGCCGAGUCCGGCAGCCUGGAGAUCCUGCAGCUGCUGCUGGGCCGCCGGGCGCGCAUGGAGCGCGACGGCUACGGCAUGACCCCGCUGCUGGCCGCCAGCGUCACGGGCCACACCAACAUCGUGGAGUUCCUCAUCCAGGCGCAGCCGGGCCUGGAGCGCCCGCCCCGGAGCCCCGGCGGCCCGGAGGACCCGGAGGAUGACGAGGAGGAGCAGCGGGACCCCGACGCCCCCUCGGUGGAGAGCUGCUGCCCCACCAGCCGCGAGGCCGCGGUGGAGGCCUUGGAGCUGCUGGGCGCCACGUACGUGGAUAAGAAGCGCGAUCUGCUCGGGGCCCUGAAGCACUGGCGCCGGGCGAUGGAGCUGCGGCACCAGGGCGGCGAGUACCUGCCCAAGCCGCAGCCCCCGCAGCUCGUGCUGGCCUACGGCUACGCCCGCGAGGUGAGCACGGUGCAGGAGCUGGAGGCGCUCAUCACCGACCCGGACGAGAUGCGCAUGCAGGCGCUGCUGAUCCGCGAGCGCAUCCUGGGCCCCUCGCACCCGGACACCUCCUACUACAUCCGCUACCGCGGCGCCGUCUACGCCGACUCGGGCAACUUCCAGCGCUGCAUCGGCCUGUGGAAGUACGCGCUGGACAUGCAGCAGAACCACCUGGAGCCCCUGAGCCCCAUGACGGCCAGCAGCUUCCUGUCGUUCGCCGAGCUCUUCUCCUACGUGCUGCAGGAGCGAUCGGCCAAGGCCCCGGGCCCCGGGCCGCACGUGGGCUUCGCCGACCUCAUGGGCGUGCUGGGCAAGGGCGUGCGCGAGGUGGAGCGCGCCCUGCAGCUGCCCAAGGAGCCCGGCGACGCCGGCCAGUUCGCCAAGGCGCUGGCCAUCAUCCUGCACCUGCUCUACCUGCUGGAGAAAGUGGAGUGCAGCCCAAGCCAGGAGCACCUCAAGCACCAGACCGUCUACCGCCUGCUCAAGUGCGCGCCCCGCGGCAAGAACGGCUUCACCCCGCUGCACAUGGCCGUGGACAAGGACACCACGCACGUGGGCCGCUACCGCGUGGGCCUCUUCCCGUCCCUCGCCGUGGUCCGGGUGCUGCUGGACUGCGGCGCCGACCCGGACAGCCGCGACUUCGACAACAACACCCCGCUGCACAUCGCGGCGCAGAACAACUGCCCGGCCAUCAUGAGCGCCCUGGUGGAGGCCGGCGCGCACCUGGACACCACCAACGCCUUCAGGAAGACGCCGCUGGAGCUGCUGGCCGGCGAGCUGCUGGCCGCCGGCGCCCUGCAGCCCUUCAACCACGUGUCCCUGCAGUGCUUGGCGGCGCGCGCGCUGCACCGGAACAAGGUGCCCUACAAGGGCUUCAUCCCCGAGGACCUGGAGGCCUUCAUCGAGCUGCACUGAGCCGGGGGAGGGCGUGGGGACCGCACACCGUCCCGGCCAGUCCAUCGGGUGCCCCUCAGGCUGUGUCCUCCCCCAAGACCAUCAUCCCAGGCCAGUGUCCCCAAGCACCCAGUGGAAGUGGGGGAGUGAUCCACUCAUCACUGUGACAGUGGCAGGGGGGGCGUCGCGGGGCGUAAAUGGCCGCCACCUCCCAGUAGCGUGCGUGGGUUUGCUGUUUGCGUAGUGAGUGGGCGAGGUGGACGGCCAGCUGCACCGAGGCCCCGCCAUUUUGUUGUUGUUGUUUUGUUUUCUUUUGUUUUUCCUUUGUUUGAUGGAGUGAGCAUUUCUGAUGGUGCCCAGUGCCCGGAAUGCCAAAAGGCACCCCCCACCCCCCAUGGGGUGACAGGUGAGCUACCUGGCGGUUGCUCGCCAGCCCUCCAUCCGCCCUUCACGUGUGCUCAGACUCUUCUAUUUAUUAUUAUUUACGCACACCAUGGCGUGGGCUUGGCUCAUGAGGGAGGCCCGCCGGCCUUCCAGACCUUCCACACUCCCAGCCUUCCAGACCCUUCUAUGCUCAACAGCACACGAGGCUGGAGCUGACCCGGUGGGUGUCUGUCUGGGCUCGGGUUCACAUUAAAGAGCGGGUGUCUGAACAGA